AUGGACGUGGAAUCAACAUCGCCUCCCCUCAAGGUGCCUCUCGAGAAUGAUCAGGAUGUGCAGGAUGCGACCGACCUGGCCGGUAUGGGCCAUGCCCAGGCAUUGACCCGCAAAUUUAAUAUCUGGAGCAUGCUUGCUUUGGCUUUUUGUGUUCUAGGAACCUACUCUACUUUUGCCCAGGAUCUCAGCAGCGGUCUUACCAAUGGCGGCCCCAUCACUAUUCUCUGGGGUCUGGUGCUGGUCACCAUCUGUAAUUUAUGCGUGGCGCUCUCCCUGGGUGAAUUGACCAGCAGCAUGCCCACGGCCCUCGGCCAGGCGUACUGGGUACACCGACUUUGGAACACGCCUUGGGGCCGCUUCGUCUCGUACAUGUGUGCUUGGAUCAACACCUUUGGAUGGUGGACUCUUACUGCGUCGCAGGUCGCUUUUAUGACCGAAUUCAUCCUCGGUAUGCGGACGAUGUUCGAUCCCAACUGGACCGGCGGUGGCCAGGGCUGGCUCAACUUUGUUGUCUACAUUGGCGUCGUCUUCCUGUUGACCGUGGUCAACGUGGUCAGCUGUCGUCGCGAGCAGAUCCUCCCCUGGAUUAACAAUUUCGUCGGCGUCUGGUUCGGCGGCCUGUUCGUGGUCAUGUCGCUGGCCAUGCUGAUCAGCGUCGGCGUCAAGAGCGGUCUCUCCUUCCAACCGGGCAAAUUCGUCUUCGGCGCAUGGAUCAACCAAACCGGCUGGCCCGACGGUAUCACCUGGUUCACCGGCCUGGUCCAGGCAGCCUACGGUUUAACCGCCUUCGAUUCCGUCAUCCACAUGGUCGAAGAAAUCCCCAACCCACGCCGCAACGCACCCCGCGUGAUCUGGAUGGCCGUGCUCUUCGGCGCAAUCACCGGUUUCAUCUUCAUGGUAGUCUGUCUAUUCUGCAUCCAGAGCGUGGACAACGUCACCAACGCCGACCUACCAUUCAUGGAACUCAUGCUCGAGACCGUCGGCCUAAAGGGCGGCGCCACCCUCCUCGCCCUAUUCAUCUUCAACGGCAUCGGCCAGGGCAUCAGCGUCCUCACCACCGCGUCUCGCCUGACCUGGGGUUUCGCCCGUGACGGCGGUCUCCCCUUUAGCCGGUACUUCAGCCACGUCGAUCCCGUGUGGCAAGUGCCCGCCCGAUCUCUAUGGGGCCAGGGCGUGGUCAUCGCCAUCGUCGGCGUGCUAUACCUCUUCGCCAACACCGUCCUCGAAGCCAUUCUCUCCGUCAGCACGAUCGCACUAACCAUCUCCUACGGCAUGCCCAUCUUGGCGCUCCUCGUCGUCGGCCGCGACAAGCUACCACCCGGCGGCUCUGUCCACUUGGGUCGCUGGGGCCCGUGGCUCAACUGGACCAGUAUCGUCUACUGCGUCAUCACUACCGUCUUCUUCCUGUUCCCCGGUGCACCCAACCCAGCCCCCAGCGAUAUGAACUACGCUAUUGCCGUGUUUGGUGUCAUGCUGGUGAUUUCCAUCGCGUUUUGGUUUAUCCAGGGUAGUAGGACGUACCUCCAGACCGAUGAUGCUAUUGCGCAAAUGUUCUAUGCGCAGCAUUUGGAGAAUGCCGAGUCUGUUGCUGCGCCUAGCUCGGAUGCGGAUUCGAAGUAA